AUGCAGGGCAAGGGGACCAUCAUCCCCAGCAGAACUGGACUGUCGGACAGCCCCAUGCAGGGCAAAAGGACCAUCAUCCCCAGCCAGAGCUGGGAGUGUCACACAUCCUCAUGCAGGGGUAAGGGGACCAUCAUCCCCAGCAGAACUGGACUGUCGGACAGCCCCAUACAGGGCAAGGGGACCAUCAUCCCCAGCAGAACUGGGCUGUCGGACAGCCCCAUGCAGGGCAAGGGGACCAUCAUCCCCAGCCAGAGCUGGGAGUGUCACACAUCCUCAUGCAGGGUCGUCCUUCCCUGGAGGAAGACGCUGGCCUUCACCAUUCCUGCAGAAAACCACGUCACAAAAGGUUCCAGUCCCUUCCCUCUGGUGUUUGAGACGCCAACGGUGGUCUAUGAAUACGUGUCUGAUCUGCUGGACUGGUGGCACGCCAACGUCUACUGCCAGCAGCGUUUCGCUCAGUUGCCCUCAGAGAGCUGGGAGGACGAUCUCUCGUAUUUGGGCCAAAACUUCUCCCGCCGGCUCCAAAGUGCCAUCUGGAUAGACGAGGAGGAACUAUUUCAGCGGAAGCCAAAGCAGAGGCGCGUCCACUCCCCCUCCAUCCUGAUAUUCAAGAACAAAACAGACACCAAGUUUGUGAAGGUUCUGGCUGACUUCCCAGUCAUGGCCGCAGUGAGCGCUUGCGCCCACGUCCAGUGGGACCCCACGGCCACAGACGUCUCGACUGUCUUCUCCUAUGCGGUCCCAGCCUUCACCAAUGAAUUCCAGCUGCGGGGCAUCGUCGACAAGGACCAAUUCGUCAAGUUUGCCAUCAUCCUCCAUGGCCAUCACUCCCCUUACCUGCCGGUCUUCCGCACCGACAAACGGUGGCACCACUUCUGCGUCACGUGGCAGCAGCCCAACGGCUCUUGGGUCAUCUACGCUGAUGGGAAACAAAAGGCCUCAUCCGCCGGGCUUGCCCCUUCCCGAGCCCUUGAUGGCCACGGGACGUUCAUCAUUGGACAAGAUCAGGAUUCCCUGGGUGGCGCUUUCAAGGAGAAAGAAUCCUUCAGUGGGAACCUCACUGACCUACAAGUUUGGGCGAGGGUUCUCAGCCAAGAGCAGGUGGAGAAAGUCCGCUCCUGUGUGUCCAUCAGGGAAGGUCUCAUCUUUGACUGGAGGAGUGACCUCUUAGAAGUGGAAAUAAGUGUUCAAGAGGCCACGGUGCAGCUCAUCUGCCCAGAUCUUUACUUCCAGCUGAAGAAAACCCAGUCAGAGCCUGUCCCACCAUUUAUCGCUCGUGUGAAUGCCCAGGCGAACACGACCGUGAUUCCUGAGAACGUCUUCCAGGCAGAUGUCCGAGCAGUGACUAUUUCGGCCGCAGCUAAUAGAUUGGGGGUCGUGGAGAAGAUCCUGUCCGAAGCUCAACCUCCUCCUCUGGAUGCCUCUUCUCUCCUGGGGGUCUUCCAGCUUUUGAAAGAGGUGUCCGAGGUAGAGGUGGUGGAACCAGGUCAACUGGCAACCCUGGAAGAGCUGGGCCAACAUUAUGUGGAGAUUACAGGGAGACUCCUGGAGGAGGACAAUACAGAUCAUUGGUCUGAGACCAAGCUGAUCAUUGGGGGACCCAUGAAGGUGGUGGAAAACGUGGACAAAAUGGCUUCCAGCCUCCAUCAGCUCCUGAGCCCCAACAGAGGGAAGGUUACCUUUCACAGUAAGAACAUCGGGAUUGAGGUGCGACGGGCAGAGCUGGGCCCAGAGAGAGCUGGCAGCGGGGGCUCCCUGAUGCCAACCCACCGUUGGGACCAGCUGGAUGCCAUCGAGAUCCCAGCAGAGGAAGUGGAGCGCCUGAGAGUGAGGGGUAAGGUCAUGGAUGAUGGCAGGCAUCUGAGCACGCAGGUGGCCUCUUCCAUUAUCUCCUCCAGCUUGGUCAGCAACUACGAGGAAAUCAGCACGUCUGUGCAGUACCGUCUGCGGCAUCGGGUUCAGGCUUUACCGGACCAGCUUGUGGAACCAGUUUGUGCUUUUUGGAACUUCAGCAGAAGUCCUGAAGGUGUUGGCGGCUGGUCCACCAGAGGUUGCUCGGUCUCUUCCUCUCAGGAAGAUCUAACCACCUGUGCCUGUAACCACACCACCAACUUUGCAGUCUUGCUACAGGUCUAUGAAGUUCAGAGGAGUUUAGAGGAGGAGUCCACGCUGAAGACCCUGACAUUUGUUGGCUGUGGUGUGUCCUUCUGUGCCUUGAUAGUCACCUUUGUGCUCUUCUUAGCCGUUGGGGUCCCCAAAAGCGAGCGAACCACGGUGCAUAAAAACCUGAUCUUCGCCCUGGCUGCUGCAGAGGCCCUGCUCAUGUUCAGCGAAUUGGCGAAGAUCAACCAGGGCGUUUGCUUCGCUGUCACGGCCUUUCUCCACCUUUUCUUCAUGGCGGCCUUCGCUUGGAUGCUGGUGGAAGGUCUUCUGCUCUGGAGCAAAGUGGUGGCCGUCAACAUGAGCGAGGAUCGGAGGAUGCGUUUCUACUACGUGACCGGUUGGGGGCUUCCUGUGCUGAUUGUGGGUGUCACCUUGGCCACUUCGUUCAACAAAUACGUGGCGGACAAUCACUGUUGGCUGAAUGUGCAGACAGAGGUCAUCUGGGCAUUUGUGGGACCCGUCCUCUUUGUCCUAACGGUGAACACCUUUGUGCUCUUCCGGGUGGUGAUGGUGACAGUCUCCAGUGCACGCCGGCGGUCACGGAUGCUGACCCCCAACAGCAGCCUGGAGAAGCAGAUUGGGGUUCAAAUCUGGGCCACCACCAAGCCCAUUUUGGUGCUGCUCCCUGUCUUGGGCCUGACCUGGGUGUGCGGCAUCCUCGUUCACCUCAGCAUCACCUGGGCUUACAUCUUCAUCAUGCUAAACUCCCUCCAGGGCCUCUACAUAUUCCUGGUCUACGCACUCUAUAACAGCGAGGUGCGCAAUGCCAUCCAGAGAAUGAGGGAGAAGAAAAAAGCCCUCUCCUUCACGAACUGCUCCCACCCUGUCAAUUAUCUGUCAAGCCCCAGGAACACCUCCUGGGAGAUGGCCAGAUUCAACCCAACCACUCCGGAAAGUACAUCCUGUUCUACCGAGAAGGACACCACGUCCAAGAGCAAAGGGAACUUCAGUGCCAAAAUCCCACGGACUGUUUCAUCCAUUAUGUCGCCAGAGAAACCGUGGGUCAGCUCAAAGGAGACCUGCUUGGAUCUGGAUCCAGACCUGCACAAAGUUAUGGAGGUCCACCUGCCUUCACAGCAUCUGGAUCCAGACCUGCACAAAGUUAUGGAGGCCCACCUGCUUUCGCAGCAUCUGGAUCCAGACCUGCACAAAGUUAUGAGGCCCACCUGCCUUCGCAGCAUCUGGAUCCAGACCUGCACAACGUUAUGGAGGCCCACCUGCCUUCGUAGCAUCUGGAUCCAGACCUGCACAAAAUUUAUGGAGGCCCACCUGCCUUCCAUCUGGAUCCAGACCUGCACAAAGUUUAUGGAGGCCCACCUGCCUUGGCAGCAUCUGGAUCCAGACCUGCAUGACAUUAUGGAGGCCCACCUGCCUUUGCAGCAUCUGGAUCCAGACCUGCACAAAGUUAUGGAGGCCCACUUGCCUUCAUACCAUCUGGAUCCAGACCUAAACAAAGAUAUGGAGGUCCACCUGCCUUCGCAGCAUCUGGAUCCAAAACCUGCGGAGAG